AUGCUAUCGAAAAAGAAAGUGGAGUAUAACCCCGAGGACAACAAGGAGGGUGUCACAUACGAGUUCCACGCUCCGCGGUCACCAUUGGACGUCCGCAGCGAGCAGAUCCGUAAAUCGCACCAAGCAUCAAAAUGGAGGAAAAUGCUUCCCUCUUUGGCAGUUGGAGGUGCUCUGAUCUGGGGUUUCUACGCAUACAACUAUUUCAGCGCCGACAAAAAGGAAACAAUUUCAGACUUGCUUCUUCCAGACCGGUUUCUGCCUUAUCUGGUAUCUUUCAAGUACCAAGUCGAUCAGGAUCAUUAUUUGAUUGAGCUCACAAGGAAAAAUAGAGGAAGCAUCUUGGCUCCCCAUCAACAAUUGUUCGAUGGAAAAAGAAUAUGGAGUGUUGAGAUCAAGCAACCUGAAAUCAACAUUGUACGCAACUAUACACCACUACCCCUGUAUGUUGCGGGAAUCGACCCUAACACACAGGAGCCUCAUCUUCGAUUAGUAACCAAACCGGAGGAGGAAGGUAAGUUUGUGCUAUUGGUCAAGCGUUACGAUAAUGGUGAAUUUUCCCGCUGGUUGACGAGCCGCAAGCUGCUAGACGAGGUGGAAUUGCGCGGUCCAGUCGUGGAAUAUAAGGUCCCGUACCACCCAUUGGAUAAAUUCCCCGCAAGGCCUCAAUUGCAACCUCUGUUAUCAAAAAUACAGCCAGACCCCGAGUAUUAUGAAAAUAUUCCGCAGCCGGAGACGUGGGCAUUUUACGCGGCAGGAACUGGAAGUCUAAUCUUCCAAGCCAGCUGA